AGCAUCAUGGCAGAUAAAUCCAAGAUCCACGUGUUUAUGGGAGCCCCCAGUCCUCAGUUAUUGUCCAAGGAUGGGCGUGAGGAUGACUCCUGUCCGUGGAAGACACAAGAGCUCACUUGGAAACAGGGCCAACUGAGGAUCAGGGAGAAUGAGACAGAGACCCAAGCAAGUGAUCUGGAUGAAGGAGACGGGACUUCAGCUGAACAAAGCAACUCUACUAAUGAGCCUGUCAGGGAGGCUGCUCACUGUAAACUGGACAAACCGGUAUGUCAAGAGCAAAGGGCCAACUCAUUGACUGAAGAGGGUGAGAAAGAGGUGCAUUUGGAUGACACUACACAUCCUGGUUUAACGUGCUUUCUUAAAAAGCGACUGUACCCUGAAGAGAGAGAUCUGUCCCCUGAGGUAGUGACAGAAUAUUUAGAUAGCUGCUUCCCUGUUUCACAUGGUGGUUCAGACACUACUGAUCCUAUUGGUAGUGGAUCCAAGACAAGCAUAGCUUUAUCAGUGGAGACUGACUACCUAACUACUUGGACAAAGAGUCAAGCUUUGGUCCUGAGAGGCAGAAUGGGCAAACUUCCUGAAUCUGGCCAGCACAAAAGCCCCAGUUCUCUGUAUACACCGCCUAAACAGACGUCCCCAACCUCCACAAGUUCCCCAGAGCUUUAUAGCCCCACAUCCAGCUCAGGGGAGAGAGGAUUCGGAGGAACCCUGCGAGGCUCAGGGGAAAUGUUUAGUGACAGUCUGAGCCAAAGGCAGCAGGAGGGAGGGGUAAUACUAGAGUCCACUCCGGACGGGAUACUCUGCUCUCAGGACAGUUCUGUCACCCACACGGAGGUGGCUGUGGAUCAGAGAGACUCUGACCCUUUGGAUGUUGCCUUACCCAGGACACCAGAACAGACCUCACACCCCACUUGUGCACUUAAAAAGACCAAACUGGCCUUGACCACAGCUAAUAGUGGACGGGGGAUUGACCAGAAAGGGCAAACUCUUUUGAUGCCACCAUGUGGUCCCACCACCCUUCUUGCGAGGUGCAAAACCCACGGAGUACGUUACUCCGUCUUGGUGGCUGUGGUGCACCCCUGUCACCUGAAAGAGAUUAAAGUAAAGUCAGGAGCUUUGGCGGGUUCCGCUGUUCCCAUGGCAACGGUGAUUGUCACUGACCAAUCAGGAGAAGAGAUGAAGGUGGUUCUAUGGAGGGCAGCAGCAUUCUGGGCCCUGACAGUGUACCCAGGAGAUGUAUUGCUCAUCACAGGUGUGACAGUGAAUGUAGAUAAAUGGAGAGAGGAAACAGUGCUGCAGUCAUCCUACGCUAGUAGGCUCCUGAACCUGGGACAGGUCACCAGGGACUGUGGCCUUCAAAUCCCACAGAAUGUGAAUGGUCGCACAUUCAGAGAACUGUGCUCUCAUCUGUUUGAGAAGUGGCCCCUGUUGGCAUCUCUACCUCCUCGCAUGCCUCAGGACUUAGGCUCAGUCUCAUUUGUCGGCCUCAGGGCUCUGCGACCUGACAGACUGGUUCACGUGCUUGUUAGAAUCAAACACAUCAACAUGAUUACAACUUGGCGUGAUGAGGCCGAGGGUCGUUCUAGAGCAGCAGGAGUGCUCAAGGCACUGCUGACUGUGGAGCAGGAUGGCCAGCAGGGUGCAGUAGUACUCUGGGGCACAGCUCUUGCCUGGUUGCAAAAUAUAAAUGCAAAUAAAGAAGCAGUAUGGGAGUUUCGACUGCUGCUGGUGAGACAGGAUACAACCUCAGGUCUUGUAGAGCUUCACUCCACUCCGUGGGGCUCAUGCAAACCACUCUUUCCAGAUGAUAUCCGCUGCAGGGAGUUCUACAGAAUAACCCGUCCAGAGAAAAGCAGCACAAGUUUUGAAAUAGACCUCCACACACUUUUAUCUCAGAAAUACAGCGGUGAUGUGGAGUUAAAAGUGAAGAUCACAGCGUUUCAGUUUCAGGGCAGUCCAUCCCAGGAUGCUGGCCAUCUGAUGAAUGGAGACACGCCCUUAGAAAAGAUACUGAAUGUUGUUUCUGGUGACAUCACUUUCACUGGUUGCGGACGAUGCUGUGUAGAGUUAAAGACUGAUGAAAAUGGCAUCUACAAACCAUGCUACCCCUGUCUACCCCACACAGCGGUGCGCCACUACUAUAGGCCAGUUGUUCUGACUGUAAAGGAAGGGGAUAAUCAGGUCUGUGUGCAGGUUCCACCAGUCCUAGUGCAGAGGAUGCUUACAAACACCCCGCCGGACAAAUUAAGCAAGACCGUCGGUCCCUCAUCAGAUAUGAGGUUUGUCCAGGUGAUAGCAGAAAGGAUUCAUUCCAUGCUGUCCACACGGAAGAGCACCUUUCUCCUGACAGUCCGUAGCCAUUUCCAGUGUGAUGAGAACAGUAUUCCCAUCAUUCAAAACUUUCUAUUGUUGGACUUCAAAUUUGGUGUUGACAUCGCUAAAAGACAUCAGGAAUCGUUGGCUAAGAAAUCUGACAAAGUGUCCUUCAGUUUAAGCUCUGAUGACUCUGCGACAUACAAUAUGGCAGGAGCACUGAGAAUGGACGAAACGCAGUACAGCAUGAAAAUUUUUGAGAAUGAGUUACUUAUGGACAUACCAAGUUAUCCUUUCAUGCCCCAAGUUGACAUAAAAAGUGAGCCCUUUGUGCUGGAGACAGCUCAUGGGCCUUACCUUCAGAUAAUCGAGGAACCCAAACAGAGAGGUUUUCGCUUUCGCUAUGAGUGCGAGGGACCCUCACAUGGUGGUCUACCCGGAGCCUCCAGUGAGAGGAACAGGAGGACAUACCCCACAGUUAAGGUGAAUAACUUUGUGGGCCAUGCCAGAGUUGAGGUACAGUUGGUGACCCACACAGAUCCUCCUCGUGUCCACGCCCACAGUCUGGUUGGCCGUCAGUGUAACGAGAACGGGACGUGCAGCGUGGACGUGGGUCCCAAUGACCUCACAGCAACUUUUAGUAAUUUGGGCAUUCUUCACGUCACCAAGAGAGCGGUGGAGGAGGUACUGAUGAAAAGACUGAAAGAGGAGAAAAGGAGGCAGAGAGAGCCUGGAUAUCAUUUCAGUGAGGCAGAGGAGCAAACUAUUGCACUGGAAGCCAAAGAGUUAAGCAAACAGAUGGACCUGAACAUAGUGAGGUUAAAGUUCACGGCUUACCUUCAGGACAGUAACGGAGGCUUCACCAGAGCCUUGAAGCCUGUUAUUUCCAACCCCAUCUAUGACAGCAAGUCACCUAAUGCAUCCAAUCUGAAGAUAUCGCGCAUGGAUAAAACAUGCGGUUCUGUGGCCGGUGGGGACGAGAUUUUUCUGCUGUGUGACAAAGUACAGAAGGACGAUAUUGAAAUUCGCUUUUACGAGGAAAACGAGGACGGCGUGUGGGAGGCGUUUGGGGACUUCUCACCCACCGAUGUCCAUAAACAGUAUGCCAUCGUGUUUAAGACUCCUGCGUACCACUGUCAAGAAAUCGAAAGGCCCGUAACUGUGUUCCUGCAGCUUAAGAGAAAGAAGGGAGGGGACUGUAGCGAGCCAAAGCAGUUCACAUAUGUGCCAAAUAAUCAAGAUAAAGAGGAGGUCCAGCGAAAGAGAAUGAAAUCCCUACCACAGACAUACGAUAACUGGCGUGGGCCACAAGGAGGCGCAGGCGGUCUAGGGAGAGGAGCUGGGGGGUUCGGAGAUGCUGGAGGAGGAACAGGUGGAGGAAUGGGUGGAGGUUACCAGUUUAAUCAUCAGAUGGAUGGUUUCUAUGGAGGUGGGUGUGGUGGUUUCGGAGGAGGCGGAACUCAGAUGUCAGGGUCAACUCCUCAGACAGGAGGAGUCCAGCAGCAACAGCGGCCUAUCAGCACACAAGCCCAGGCCUCCGCCCAGCAACAGCUCCUUCAAAUUGUGGCAACGCUGCAGAACCGGGCCACGGCGGCUACCAAACGGACAGCAGAGGCUCUCCUGGAGUACUGCAGCACCGGGGACGUGCGACCACUCAUCGCCAUGCAGAGACACCUGUGUGGAGUUCAGGAUGAAAACGGAGACACGCCGUUGCACCUGGCUAUCAUCCAUCAGCAGCCGGUGGUGGUACAGCAGCUGCUCCACUCCAUUAUCAGAACUCCUCAAAUGAAGAUUAUUAACAAACUCAACAACUUGGGCCAGACUCCAUUGCAUCUUGCUGUAAUCACCAAACAGACAAAGUUGGUGGAGCUUCUUCUGAGGGUCGGGGCGGACCCCAGUUUGUUAGACAGGGAUGGACGGACUGUGGUUCACUUGGCUGCUCAUGCAGGUGAUGACGUAAUGCUCCGAGUGCUUCUGAACCUCCUGGGUGAGCGCUACGCCCACCUCGUCAACACAGCUGACUUCUCAGGACUUUAUCCACUGCACCUCGCUGUAAGGAAAGGAGGCGAACGCUGUCUACGUUUGCUGGUGGAAGCUGGAGCCAAAAUCAACACGCCAGAGCAGAAGAGCGGGUGCACCGCUUUACACCUGGCCGUGAAAGAAGACCUGUUCAAAACCGCCUGCACUCUCAUCACCGAGCUCAAAGCAGACGUAAACAUCUGUACGUUUGGAGGGAAUACUCCUCUCCACUUUGCCGCCAGUCAAGGCUCUCCUCCACUUUGCUCCAUGCUCAUCGCAGCAGGCGCCAAUAAACUUUUGGAGAACGACGAGCCUCUCUUCUUGAGCUCCUCUUCGGACGAGGACGAUGAGGAGGAACAAACGGAGGAGGAGACGAGGCAGGCUCCUGAAGACAUGGCUCAGCAGGUAGAAGAAAUGUCCAUAUCGUCCGAGACGGAGCCGGUCAACCCGCGCAAGAGGCGAGCAGCCGGACACACGCCCUUUGAUCUGGCCAAAUGCCAGAAGGUCAGAGACCUUUUAGAUGGUAGACGGAGCCCUAAGCCCAGCCAGCAUACAGCCAAGAAGAGCAAAAAAAUGAGUGAGGAAGCUGGCCAGCAGUUGGACAGUGAGACUGUCAGUAAAUUGUGUGGCAUUCUGAGUCAGGGCAACGUGCCUUGGAGAGACCUGGCAGAGAAACUGGGCAUGCUCACACUGGCACACCUGUACCAAGAAAGUCCCUCACCCUGUCAGAACCUUUUAGAAAACUACCAGCUGGGUGGGGGUCCAGUAGAGGGCCUGGUGGAGGCUCUCCAGUCUCUGGGACUGACUGAAGGUGUGAAGCUGCUUCGACAGAGACAACCUAGAGAGGACAAACAGAAUAUAGAUAGCACGGUGGAUAGCGGCUUUGGCAGCCAGGUGAUGGAAGAGGACGUGGAGAAUCCCGCCUUGGCCAAUCACUGAUCAGUGAUGCUUGUUUAAUGGGGGGAGAAAAAAAAAACUUGGCACUUUAUCAGACAACCUGCAGUUGGUGCCCAAAACGGGCAGGUAACGGCACACACAUCUCAUCACAGUGGAACACCUGGUUAUCCACAGACAAUGAGAAUUCACCAAAGUAUUGACUUUGGAUCUUGCAGUUGUUGUGUUCUUUUCAAGUCUGUACAGUAAGAACACAACAUCAGUCAUUUUGGAUCUCUUCAUCUCUGAUGGAGUUCUGGGUGGGCGGAGACAAAAAGUUCGCUUGCAUACAGACAUGUUUGUGGAGAGCAAUAUUGAAGAACAGGUGCUUAAACAUGGUUAAUAAUUCAGAGCAAAUGAUGUGGUGUAUUUCAUUUUGUUUGUAUAUUUGCUCAUCUCUUUGCUGGUUUUGUUUUGCAUUUUUUUGUUGGUCUGUUUGUUUGUGUUUGUUUUUGUUUUUUUAAGUAUUGAGGACUGUAAAACCUGUAGUAAUUCACUGUUGUGACUUACACUGAUCGCAAAACAGAUUUCAGCCCAGGUGAGAACUCAUCAUUUCUGGAAAGUCAUAAUUUUUUUCAUGGAACUACUCACAGAACUCCGGUAUAUUACUAAUACCAUGUAUUUAUUUAGACGAUAUCUCAUUUGUGCACUUAUAUUGGGGAAAGUUGUGUUCGUGUUUUCUUACAUACAUUCA